AUUCGCUUAUGUUGGACCUAAUGCUGAAACGGCAGAAGCACGUAGACUUACUGAAUAGUCUGGUUCAACUGGAUUCAAAUUUAAGAAAAGUUUACACGAACAAUAAAAAUUACGGAAACAAUCUAUUGACGAUGCAUAGGCAGAUAGUCUUUGUUGUUUGUUUCUAUGCGGCAGUUUUGAUCGUCACUUCGACUAUAAAUUGGUAUCAAAUGGCCUAUUUUGAGCAUCUAUGGAACCUUUUGCAAUUCUUUCUAAUCAUUUCAAUUACGUUGGUUGCAUACUAUGUCCGAUGCAUCGCCGUAAUACUCAACCACAUAUGUUUACCGAUCUUCGAAAGACUGGAUUCGAUCGCGAAUGAUCUACGGUCCCCUAGAAACGAUCAUCAAAAGCAUAUUGUAUCGGAAGUGAUGGACUGUUUCGAAUCAUUUGACGAUGUUAUGAGCUUGAAGAAUCAGUUGUCCAGUAUUUUCGGCAUUCAACUGCUACUGAACUCAGCGUUUGAUUUUAUUAUACUAACAAUAUCGGUGUACGGGCUGCUUUAUUUCCAGACGAAAAGUCUACUCUUUCUGUACUAUGUCACCUUUAAUAACAUCCCGCACAUAUUUAAGAGUGUGUCGUUGGUCCUAGCUUUGGAUAAACUAGCAAAUCAAAUAAGUACGCUGAGAUGGUACGCUCUAAAAAUUUCAGUCCAUCCAAACCACAAGCUUUCAGAACUGAUGGACCUAAUAUUCCUUAAGAUUACUCAUAUGGAAAAGGACAAAUAUGUGACUGCUAACGAUUUUUACCCGAUCAACCGGUCAAUGUUAUAUGGGGUAAACUUGCAAUGAUUCGCAAUUUUAAAACUGAGACAAACACAUCUGUCUACAUUGAUUGUUUUAGAUGGGGGCAGCGAUCGU